AUGCCACACUGCACCACACUGCACCACACCACAUCACACCACAGCAAACCACACUCCAUUGCACCACGCCACCAAAUCACACUGCACCACCACACUGCAUCACACUGCACUCACCACACCACACCACAAUGCACCACACUGCACCACAUCACACCACACCACACUGCACCACACCACUCUACACUGGAUCACACCACACUACACCACACUGAACCACACCACACCAUAAUGCAACAAACCACACUGCACCAUACUACACUACACCACAUUGCACCACACCACACUCUAACACCACAUCACUCUGUACCACACUAUAUUACACAACACCACACAACACCACACCACUCUCCACCACACUACACCAUAGCACACUGCCCCACACCACACCAUGCUCCUCCACACCACACCACACGACACCACACCACACAACACUGCACCACACCACACCUCAAUGCACCACAUCACACAACACUGCUUCACUCUACACCACACAUCACUGUAUCACACCACACCAUACCACACUGCAUCACACCACACCACACUGCCCCACACUGCACCACACCACACCACACUGCACCACACCACACCACACUGCGUCACACCACACCACAUUCCACCACACUACACCAAAUCACACUUUACCACACCACACUGCACUGCAGCACACUACACUUCACCACCACACUACACCACACCAUACCACACCACACAACACCACACCACACCACACUGUGUCACACCACAUCACAUCACACUACAGCACACCACGCCUCACCACAACACACUACAUUGCACAACAUCACACCACACCACACUGUACUGCACAACACCACACCACACUGA